AUGCUGCCGUCUCAACUGAAGAACUCGCCCCAGCGGGCCAACCCGUUUGCACGAUCAUCACCCUCUCCAGCACCGCAAUCCCAAGCAAGGCCGAAAUCGGCCAUCAUCACGCCGUCGCAAGGGCUAGAGUCGGCCAGAGGGCAUCUCCGCAACUCAUCGGUCUCACAAAUACCUCCAACAUUGUCUCCGGCCUCUGCGAAUCGCGAACGAUCCAACUCCGGCCGUAACAAUGCGUCGCCUGGGACAUUCGCACCAAGCUUUAUCAAGUCCGAGGAAAUGCGACGCGGCGCCGAUCAAAUCAGAGGACUCGAGGGUGACAAUGACUUUUCUGGCAACAAAUACGUCUGGUUACGAGAUCCUCAAAGGGCCUUCGUGCGGGGAUUGGUUCUGGAAGAGCUAGAUGGAGGGAGGCUGCUGGUCCAAAGUGACGAUGGAGAUACAGCUGACAACUCGAAACAGCAACGAGAAGUCGAUGCCGACCAAGUCGAUAAGGUCAACCCGGCCAAAUUUGACAAGGCCGAUGACAUGGCCGAGUUGACACAUUUGAACGAAGCCUCCGUGGUGCACAACCUGCACACCAGAUACCAGUCUGAUCUAAUCUACGGAAUGCAGACAUAUUCAGGCCUGUUCUUGGUCACGAUCAAUCCUUAUUGCCCGCUGCCGAUCUACACAAACGAGUAUGUGAAAAUGUACAAGGGUCGCGGAAGGGAGGAGACUCGUCCCCACAUAUUUGCAAUGGCCGAUGAAGCCUUCCGAAAUUUGGUCGAAGAGGGAGAGAAUCAAAGUAUUCUCGUCACAGGUGAAUCCGGUGCCGGUAAAACCGAGAACACCAAAAAGGUGAUUCAAUAUCUCGCCGCAGUCGCAACCUCCGAUACUCCCUACGGUCGAUCCGGGACUAAACAUUUGUCCAACCUGUCACAACAAAUCCUGCGUGCCAACCCGAUUCUCGAGGCAUUCGGUAACGCCCAAACGGUGCGGAACAACAACUCUUCACGAUUCGGAAAGUUUAUUAGGAUUGAAUUUUCACGAUCAGGUCAGAUUUGUGGCGCAUGGAUUGACUGGUAUUUACUGGAGAAAUCGCGAGUGGUCAAGCCCAACUCCAGUGAACGAAACUAUCACAUCUUCUACCAGCUCCUCCAAGGUGCGGAUCGGACGACUCGUGAGAAAUUGUUGCUCAAUGAUCUCCAGAUUGAAGAUUUCUCGUACACCAGAGAUGGAAAUGACUCAAUCGUGGGUGUUUCUGAUGAGGCCGAGUGGAACUCCCUGAUCGAAGCAUUCCACGUGAUGAACUUCUCCGACGAAGACCAGAUGUGUAUCCUUCGCACCAUCGCGGCCGUUCUCCACCUGGGCAACGUGUCUGUGGCCAAAGCGAGUGCCCGUGCAGAACAGGCGGCGCUCGGGCCAGAUGGACAUGCAAGCGUGGAAAAAGCAUGUCAGCUCUUGGGCAUCCCUUCGGAGCCAUUCGUCAAGGGCCUACUACACCCAAGGGUCAAAGCUGGUAGAGAAUUGGUCGAGAAAGUACAGACCCCUGAGCAAGUACGCCUCGCGCUGGACGCCUUGUCUAAGGGUAUCUAUGAACGUGGCUUCGGGGAUCUUGUCACUCGUAUCAACAAUCAGCUUGGUCGUUCAAUGGCUGAUGACAACUAUUUCAUAGGUGUACUUGAUAUCGCCGGAUUCGAGAUUUUUGAUAACAAUAGUUUCGAACAACUUUGCAUCAACUACACCAACGAGAAGCUCCAACAAUUCUUUAACCAUCACAUGUUUGUCCUGGAACAGGAAGAAUAUGCUCGAGAGCAGAUCGAAUGGCAGUUCAUCGACUUCGGCAAAGACCUCCAGCCAACCAUCGAUUUGAUCGAGUUGACCAACCCGAUCGGUAUCUUCUCCUGCCUUGAUGAGGACUGCGUCAUGCCAAAAGCCACAGACAAGAGUUUCACCGAGAAGCUUCACUCGUUGUGGGACCGGAAGACCCCCAAAUACAGAUCUGCUCGUCUCAACCAAGGCUUCGUCCUCACGCAUUAUGCGGCUGAGGUCGAGUACACCACUCAUGAUUGGCUAGAGAAGAAUAAAGAUCCCAUGAACGAUAACAUCACUCGGAUGUUGGCCGAUUCUGCGCAACCUCACGUGGCCAAUCUCUUCGCCGACUGUGCUGAUCCUGAGGCGGGAGGUGAUCAUCCUCGAAGCCGAGUCAAGAAAGGCCUGUUCCGGACCGUGGCCCAAAAACACAAGGAGCACCUGUCCAGCCUGAUGACCCAGUUGCAUUCCACGCAUCCUCACUUUGUACGCUGUAUCCUUCCAAACCACAAGAAACGCCCGAAGAUGCUUCAUGCCCCAUUGGUUUUGGACCAGCUUCGGUGCAACGGUGUCUUGGAGGGUAUUCGUAUUGCUCGCACCGGCUUUCCGAAUCGACUUCCGUUUGCUGAAUUCCGAAAACGGUAUGAGGUGCUAUGCCAAAAUAUGCCGAAAGGGUACCUGGACGGACAGAGUGCGGCUCAAACUAUGCUGGAGAAACUCAACAUGGACAAAUCCUGGUACCGUGUUGGUCGUACCAAGGUGUUCUUCAGAGCGGGUGUUCUCGCCGACCUGGAAGAGAAGCGAGACCAGGUCAUUCGCAGUAUUAUGACCCGCUUUCAGUCGAUCGCUCGAGGAUUUGUUCAGCGCCGCAUCGCGAACAAGCGACUUUUCCGCGCUGAAGCCACCCGCAUUAUCCAGCAGAACUUCCAUGCCUAUCUAAAUCUCAAGUCUAGCCCGUGGUGGCGUCUUUUCUCGAAUAUGAAGCCUCUCAUGGGUGACACACGCACAGCUAAAGAAGUUCAGAGGAGAGACGACAAGAUCAAGUCCCUCGAGGAGAAAAUGAAAAAGGAUCUGUCUGAUCGUCAAAGGCUGGAUGAGGAGCGGCGUCGCACCGAAAUCGAGAUUCAGAAGAUUCAGCAGACUUUGGAAAGUGAGCGAGCACUUGCCCUUGACAAGGAAGAGAUCUUCAAGCGAUUGCAGGCCCGUGAAGGCGAGCUUGCAGAAAAGCUCGCCGAGGCAAUCGCGGACCAGGAGAGCCUGGAGGAACAGCUUGAUGAAUUGGUCGACGCCAAGAGAAAGACCGACGAACAGCUCCAAUUGCGCAUCACUCAGCUUGAGCAAGCUGGACAAAUUAUCCAGACAUUGGAGGCCGAAAAGAACGACCUUCAGGCUCGCGUGACGGAGCUUACCGAAAGGCUUGCCGAUGCGGAGAGCCGAUUCUCUGAUAGGGAUGGUCAGAUCCAGGAACUUGGUCAAGAAAUCAAGAUGCUGCAGAGUCACCUGAGCCUAAAGGAUCGCAAGCUCCAAGACCUCGAGGCCAAGCUGUUAAAGACCGAUCAGGAUCUGGAUGUCAAGCUUGCGAAUACUUCCAAGGACCUGGAAAAAGCGAAGACACAAAAUCGUGAGCUUCUUGAUGAGAAUCGAUCUAUCCGCCAGCAGAUUUCUGAGCUCUCAGCCACCUCCACUGGCUAUGAGGAUCUCUUGCGACGCAAGGAAAGUGAAAUGACUGUGCUUCGGAACGACGCAAAAAAGCAUUUCGAAGAAAAGCAGACCGUCGAGGCCGAGAAGAGAUCUCUCUCAUCUCGCCACGACAAUAUGCAGCAGCGCCUUCGCGAAGUUCAAGCCGAGAGGGAUGCCAUGCGAUCAGAGAAGGCGCACCUGGAACGGGAAGCCGCCGCUGUCAAGCAGCUCCUUGAAGACAAGAGAUCCGAAGAUGCGGAGGCUGGCGAAAGUCGGAAGCUUCUCGAGAAACAGGUUUAUGACCUCAAGGAUCAACUAUUCAAGGCCGAAGCAGACCUGAGCCGCGAGCGUCAGUCAAGGGACGACGUUCAGAUGCUCGCCGAUCAUAAUCUUGCUGAGCUGAACAACAAGUACGAAGCUCUCAACGAUUCGAAGAUCACCAUCGAGAAGGAAAUGUACAUUCAGCAAGAUAGUCUCCGCCGAGCCACCGAAGCCCGGGUUGCAGCAGAGAAAUCCCGCAAAGACCUUCAGGCUGAGUUGAUCAAGCUUCGCGAUAGGUUUACGACUGUGGAAAACGCUCGUUUAAAUGCGGAGGCCGAGAUUGAACGCAAAAUCAAGGGCCAAGCCGAUGAGCGUGUCUCUAGUCUCCGCAAGGAUUUGCAGGAUAAGACUGAGUUGCUGGAGGAUAUCGAGACUGAACGUGCAGAACUGGCUACCCGUGUUCAAGAGCUCACCCACGCAAUCUCCGAGUCCGACAACUUCCGAAUUCGCCAUGACCAACACAAGGAGCGACUCGAGAGAGAGUUAGUGACUCUGAAGGGUCGCCUGACGGCUUCGGAGAAUGACAACCGGUCCUUGCUCACCAAGAUACAACAAAAGAAUCUUGACAUCGCUCGGUCAACCUCCAAGGCUAGCGACAACAACAGACUUCGUCUGACGAACCUACAGAAGGAGAAGGCUAGGAUUGACGAAGAGAAGAAGAAACUUGAACGCCAGCUCGGAGAGUCGCAACUCACCAUCAACGCUCUCGAGAAGCAAAAAGAGAAACUUUCUUUGAACCUGGAGGAUAUGAACCACGAGGUCCAACGCGAACACAAGACCAGUCGCAAUGCUGAAAAAGCCGCUUCCACCGCCAAUCUUCAGCUCGCAGAGGCCAAUCGCAACCUUGAGAACGAACGCCAACUGCGGAGCCAAGCUCAGUCAAAUACCCGUCAAGUCCAGGGAACCCUGGAUAGAGCCAACAAAGAAAUUGAAGAGCUGCAUCGACAAUUGACCCUUCUUCACCGGGUGUUCGAGCCCGAGGCUUCUGAGCCUACACAAUCCUGGGAAGCAGUGCAGCCACACCUUUUGAAGCAAGUGGACUUGGCCCAAGUCAUUGAUACAGUGCAACACAAGCUCCGGGUAUCAGAAGAAAAGCAUGCCCGUGCUGAGAGCCAGCUCGCUGAAAUGCGCCGCCGCCACGCCGAUGAAAUGAAGGAUCUGGACUCGAAGUAUUCUUCCUCAAAGCGUGCUUUGCUUGAGGAGAUCGAUCAAAAUGAGGUCGCGAACAACCGUACACCGCAGCACCUCAGGAAGAACUCCGAGAAUGCUCUCAAGAGGUUCUCCAACCCCUCUACACCCAACCGUCGCCAGAACGCCUGGGAAGCGCCGAAUGAAUCGGCCCGCUCGGACAGAACCGUGGAUACCGUUGGUUAUCAAAGACGCAUGGACUCUGCUGCCGAAAUUGAGGAGCUGCAGAAUAAGCUUCAGAUGACUGAAAUGCAGAACCGCCAUCUGCAAAGCCAGCUUCACGGCUCUACUCCCACCCGGGACAUCUGGCAAGAUGAGAGCCCCUCCAUGCGUCGCAUGAAUCUUCUGGAGCGCGAAAAUGGCCGUCUUCAUGACCAACUUGACGACUCCGCCAAGAAGGUCUCGUCCCUGGAGCGAAGCAUUCGAUCUGGCGAGCUUUCGCUUCGUGACGUCCAGGCCAAAUCCCACGAGGAACUGUAUGAUCUGAUCAACUCCCAAGAGCAGUCUCGCCGCUCCUUGCUCAAGAUUCACAACGAUACCAUCGCCGAAUUUGGCGAAGCCAAAUCUCACUACGAGAAGCUCAAGCGUGCCCGGGCUGCUCUGGAAGUCGAGUUGCGUGACGCUCGCUCUGAGACCCAGGAGAUGCAAUCCAUUCGAGACCAGGAUGCCAUCAGCCGCAACCAGCUUCUUCAAGAAUUCUCAGAAUUGCAGAUUCGCCUCGAUGCUGAGUCGUCGAGGGCUGUGGACCUGGAGUCCAGCCUCAGCCUGUACAAGACUCGCGCCGAUGAGUACUUCAACAAGAUUGAACAAGCCGAGAUUACUGUCCUGAAGGCGACUCGUGCCGAGAGCUUUGCCAAGUCUCGCUGCCAGGAAGCUGAGGAAACCUGCGCGCAGAUUACUUCUGAGCGUAAGGAAAUGGAUGCCCUCGUGGAAGAUUUGCAGCGUCAAGCGACAUCCCUCGAGGCUCGCAUGGAAGACCAGGCGGCUGAGCUUCAGGCUGCCUUGCAGUCCAAGCAGCGUCUUCAGAAUGAGCUGGAGGAUUACCGCAACCAGCGAGCUAUUGAUAUCGAAGAUAAGGAGACCUCCAUGGAGCAGACCAGGCAAAAGUACCAGAGAGAGUUCUCGACCAUCAACAGCGAGCUUGAGAUGGAGCGGGAACGCGUGCUUAAUGCCCGUAGCGAGAACACCCGCCUGCGUGAUGAACUCGAAGACCUUCGCAGCAAGUGGGACAACGAGGUCCUUAAUAGCUCAACCUGGGCCAAAGAGAAGGCUCGUCUCGACAUGGUCAUGCAGGAUCUCUCUAACUCUCGCGAUGAAGCCGCCAAGGCACACGGCGAGGCUCAGACUAAGGUGGUUUCUCUGCUUUCCCAGGUUCGAGAUCUUCGUACAUCUGUGGAAGACGUUACCGCCGAACGGGACUUGCUUCUCAAGGAUAAGAAAAUGCUGGAGAGCCGCCUCGCUGAGGCUGGCGAGCGUCUUGAGGAUCUUGCUAAGGGAGAAAGCCCCUCGAUGCGUAAUGCCGCCAGCAUGGAUCGCGAGCUUCUUGAGCUAAAGUCCAAGCUUGCUCAACAGGAAGAUGUCUCUGCUGCAGCUGUUGGCAAGAUGCGUCGGGCCGAUGCUCUGAACACUGAAAUGCAGAAGGAGCUUACUGCGGAGCGGGAGGCUCAUGCUCAACUUUUCAAGGACAAGGCUGGAUUGGAGAAGCAACUGAAGGAAGUUCAACUCCGAUGCGUCGACCUUGAGACCAAGGGUUAUUCCUCUGGUAGCCAGGAUGUGCGGUUCUUGCACAAGCGGAUCAAGGAGGUACGUGAACUUCAGCAUCAGGUUAUGGCAACAUCGGUUACUAAUAUUAUACAGCUCGAGAACCACCUCGAAGACCAGGAGAACAAGCAUAGCGCCGAACAGCGAUCUCUCCGCAACGUCGAUCGCACUGUGAAGGAUCUCCAGUCUCAGAUCGACCGACGCGAGAAGAUGAAUUCUCAGCUCACCGAGGAUAUGAACAAAGCUCAGGAUAAGAUUGCCCGACUCCUUCAGAAUAUCGAUAAACUGCAUCAAGGCGAUACCGAGACCCAGAUGAAGAUUCGUCGGGCUGAGCGCGAGCUGCUUCAGGAGAGGGAGAAAGCUCAGCGUCUCGAGCGUGAGCUCGAUGGCUACAAGACGCGGAGUAGCACAAUCGGUCGGUCCCCCAUGGCUGCCCUCAGUAAUGCCGGUAGCCGACGAGGAAGUGCGGUCUACGGAUCCAAUGAUACCCCUCAGCGGAAGCCCAGCAACACCAAGGGCUUCCUGUGA